AUGGCGAUGGAGGACUUUCGGGAAAAAAUCGUCGGAAAUUUUCGAAUCGAGGACAAGAGUCUUUUAAGGGAAUUGUUGGCUGAGAUGAUUGGCACUUUUAUGUUAGUGUUUAUCGGAACCUCAGCAAACGUUCAAGGUGCAAUGCCUGGCGGAGACGCUGCUGUGGCGACGAUCGCUUGGGGAAUCGGGUUCAUGUUUGCCGUUUAUUUGGCAGCCAGUGUUUCUGGUGGUCAUCUCAACCCUUCAAUCUCCUUAGCGCAAUUGAUUCUCGGGAAUCUGUCAGCUGGAAGAAUGUUAAGUUAUUGGAUUGUUCAAGUGAUUGGCGCUUUUCUUGGCGCUGGGAUGACUUGGUUUGGGCAUUUUGAUGAUCUUCGAUAUUUGGGAUCCGGUGAGAAAGAGGUGAUUGGAGGGAAUGCAACGGCUGGCCUCUUUGCUACUUAUCCAACCGCUCAUAUGAGCACCUGGGGAAGUCUCUUCGAUCAGAUCAUUGGUACAGCUCUCUUGUCUGGGCUUGUUUGCUUGAUCACUGAUAAGAGACACAAGAUUCCACCAGGUUUCAUUCCACCACUUGCUGGCACAAUCAUGACAAUGAUUGCUGGUACUUAUGGUAGCAAUGGUGGUUUUGCAAUCAACCCUGCUCGAGACCUCGGUCCAAGACUCUGGCUCCUCUGUGCCGGUUAUGGAGGAGCUGCUUUCAGCGCCCAUUCCUUCUAUUUCUGGAUUCCGCUUGUUGGACCAAUCAUUGGAGCGAUCAUCGGUGCUUGGAUCUACAAGGUUUUUGUUGGGCUUCAUGGUGGGAUGGAUUCAAUUGAGGUUACGAAAUCCUCAGAAACUCAAAAAGGAUAUCAAGAAGACGGUGUUCUGAUUGGGUACACGUCAUCUCAAGGCGGUACAAUGUCCUCUCAAUAUGGCGUCCCUCCACCACCACUCCCGCAAGCACCCAUUCCCAGCUAUCCCACCUAUCAAACGCCGACUCGAUCAUUCCAACCGGCCAGAGACGAGUCUACAUUCAGCUACUCGAAUCCUGGCUAUCAACGCUCGUACAAU